UCGCUGAUGUGUACGAUGCAGAACCAACCUCCAAAACCGGCAUCCUGCCACCUAAGCCGUCAGAUCGCGUUUCCUAGUUUUAACACGAUCCGUUUCGCCGCCAGCCCUUUAUUAACGCUUCUUCUUCCCCAAGUCUUCCUCGCACAGCCUCAUCCUGCUUCUUCCCGAUCGGCCGUCGCUGCGAAUCCGUUUGGAGGUCUCGCCAUGAAACAGAGGAAAACGAAGGCUGAUGCCACGAAGAAAGCAGACAGCAAGCUUGCUGUUCGGAAGGGAUCGGAGCGUGCGAGUAAGAUGCCGAAGAUGACCAAGGCCAAGAAGGAUCCUAACAAGCCUAAGAGGCCCCCUAGCGCCUUCUUUGUCUUCAUGGAAGGGUUCAGGAAAACCUUCAAAGAACAACACCCUAACAAUAAAUCUGUCUCUGUGGUCGGCAAAGCUGGCGGUGAUAAGUGGAAGUCAUUGUCCGAAGGCGAUAAGGCUCCCUUUGUUGACAAGGCUGCAAAAUUGAAGAAAGAGUACACUAAGAAAUUGGCAACAUACAACACGAACCAAGCCGAGGGAGUUAGUCGCCCUAUCGAUAUUGCUGAUGAAGAUCAGUCUGACAAAUCCAAGUCCGAGGAUGGCGAGGGAAGCGAUGAGGAAGUGGAUGAGGAUGAUGAAUAGGGAAAUUCUGGAGCAGCUUUAUUUGUCUCUGGAACAAAUUUAGCACAUGAAGCUGCGUUUUGGAAAACUUAAACCGGCUUUUCUAACUUGUAUUUAGCUAUUUUCCCCCCUUCGUAACCGUUUUGGGAUUCCUUCGUGUGCUAUUUGCUGUUAUCUUCCGUUUUUGCAAAGUAAUGCUAUUAUAUGAAUGGAAGAGCCGAUGGUAAUCAAAUUUCUUUUUGUAAA